UUCUGGUGUGUUUUUUUUGCAGCAUGGAGGAGUGUGAGGCACUUUGCACCAGAAUGGCCAUCAUGGUCAAUGGCAGGUUCCGCUGUUUGGGCAGUGUGCAACAUCUCAAAAACAGGUUUGGGGAUGGCUACACUAUCAUCCUGCGGGUGGCUGGCCCAGACCCAGACCUUCGGCCGGUUAUGGAGUUCAUCGAGCAUGAGCUGCCUGGCAGCACACUGAAGGAGAAACACCGCAACAUGCUGCAGUACCAGCUGCCCACCUCCCUCACCUCCCUCGCCCGCAUUUUCUCCCUGCUCUCUACGAACAAGGAGGCGCUCAGCAUAGAGGACUAUUCCGUCUCUCAGACAACUCUAGACCAAGUGUUUGUAAAUUUUGCCAAGGACCAAAGUGAUGAGGACCAUUUGAAAGACCUCCAUCUGAACAAGCGGGACGCUGUGGUAGUGGACAUUUCCCAGGUAAACUCUUUCCUCACGGAAAGCAAGACGAGGGAGAGCUGCGUCUGAUUCCACAACAUACUACCAGUGGGAGUUGCUAUGCUUCACCCCUCUACCCCAAACCAGGAAAUAUGGACCACUAACCUGCGGGGGAGACAGACUAUGUUCAUUUUUUAUUAGUUCUAUUUUUUAGUCUUUUUUAAUUGUUAUCAUUUCUCAGUGAACCUGCACUUCAGCGCACAGCCUCUUGAGACUGCAGGUAUUGUGACAGACACUGAAACAAUGAAAACUCAAUGCAAAUCAAUGCAAGAAAUAUAUAUAAAUAUAUUUAAGAUGAGAAGAUAUUCCUGUGAGGGUUGGAGACCGGUGCUUCUCCUUCACUAUAAAGAAAGAAGACUCUUGACACUUGAAGUGAUGGCAGGAUGAUAAUUCUGCGUUAGACUGGAAAGCUUGUAGCCCUGCUACUCACGCAAUGGAUGCAGCAUCAGGGACAAAGGAAAUAUCUCUAGUUUUUAAUCCCUGUUCCUAAAAGUAGUUAGCAGUAGUCAGUGGGUCUGUGUAUGUGCUACUCUGUAUCACGACAGCGUAACGAAGAUCUAAUCAUUCACUGCCAACAGCUAAAAGACAGACUGACUACUUUUUUUAUUCGGGGUCAAACCUCUCAAUCUGUCUUCGUUACCAAGCGCAGUUGUUUUAUAAUGUUGAAUGGUGAAAAGGCAUUUACAAUCCAAUUGAUUUCAGUCAUAAACAUGCAAUCAUGCAACAUAUUAAUUAUAACUAAUUAGAUUUUUUUUUAAUGUAAUUCUAAUAGACAAACAUAACCCCUAAGAUGGAGUUUUUUGUCUUUGUUUGCAUAACAAUUAAUAUUGAUAACUAAGUUGUUUUUUUAUUUGUUGUUGUUAGUGUCCUUGACAUUGUCCAGCACAGUGCCUAUACUGUAUCAUGGUGGAGAGAGAAAUCUGAGCACUCCAUUGAAAACAACAACGUAUGUAGGCUCCAAGGAAUGUCUAAGACAGAUACCAUCGUGCAUCAGAGCACAAAAAAGGAAUUUUUAGUGAAGACGAUGAAUGAGACUUGACUUUUCUUUUUAGAAAUUGUGUUCUUCAUUGUCAAAAACAAACAAACAAAAAAAUCUUGUGUUUGCUUGAUGUCUGUACACGAAGAUGUAGUCUGCUAUACUGGCUUGUUUUAACUGCCCUGCCCUUUUUAAGUGGAACUGAAGGAAGGCUAAUCAGAAUGGAAGCAAGGUAAGCAUCGCAAACUGGCAGUUAUGACUUCAAGAGAAAGCUGAAGAUUGAUUAGGAAUUUGGACUGGUUUUUGAAAGUUCAUUGGAAAUAUAUACUGCAUGCUUUCUACUGGGCAUCACACCUGGACCAUCUGCACUUCAGCGUGUGGGCCAGAGCAUGCCGCCAGAUCAGUGUGUAAAGGACUGGAGACAACUGAAUUGUACUUCAUUGUUGUUGGAUUACUGGCACAGAUGUAUAUGUGGAGUUUAAAUCUAAAUUCUGUUACAACAAAAAAAAAAAGAUCUAUAUGAAAAUGUGAUUUUAGCUAUGAAUCAGAUGGAAAUGUUCCUGCGGGUCAAACCGUAGCUCCCACGCAUGGAGAAGACAGUUUCACAGCUACUCUGCUUGUGUGGGAUCUAAAGACAGUAACUUUUCCAGUUACAUGCGCUUUUAUUAUAUGCCUGUGUGAGGGCACGAUGGGCGUUUUACACCUGAGCCAGCACUGAUGUGGAUAUUAUGUACAGUGGUAAUUUUGUGAUGUUGAGUAAAAACAAACAAACAAAAAAAAAAGUUACCAGUGGAGUGAACAAACAUUAUCUGUGCCAAAUGGAACUGUGUAUCUUUGAUCAACCAGCAUAAUCUUGAGGAGGCAACUGGUCUAUAAAGUUUCUAAGUUGUGCUGUAAUUUUUUUGCUAUUUAUCAUCAGCUCACUUACAGAAACCCUCCUCUCUCAUUGUCAGCAGCUCAAAACAAAAAGCAAAUAUUACUUAUAAUUUGUGUGCCCUCAUUCAGUCGCCAUCAGAUUGCAAGUUUUUUCUAUCUUCUGGUGAUGUUGCCAAAUUCGAAUCUUUCUGUUCGUCCACAUUAAUAAGCUGCCACACUUUUCUGUCAGUAACUCAAUCAUUAUACGUGAGGUUGAGGUACUUCACACAAAUUCAUGUGUUUCCAGAGCUAGUCAGAAGGCCAGCCUACACCUAAACAGGGACCAGGAGUCGUGCUUGUAAUGCUUUAUAGUCCAAAACUCAUAUCCAGGUUUUAAAUUGAUGACAGAUUAGUCAUUAUAGGUGCUCUGUGUCAUAUAAAAUCUUGUAGGUGGUUUCCGUUAUCUCAGAAAUAUAAUUAGUGCUGUGGGGCUUCAGACUUACCCUCAGCUACAUGUGAGCACUUUAUAGAAUUCAUAGCCUGUCUUUUCAAAGACAGACGUAAGGAUUUGGCUAUGGCAAAUUACACAUUUAAAAACAAAUAUCUGCAGUGGAACAGAUACAAUUCAGACAAACUGAAGAUACACCACUGCAUUAAAACAUUUGUUUGACUCUUGAAAUAGAGAAUGAAAGCUUACAUGUGAUUGAGAGAAACGAGCGAGACGGUGAGAAGCAGAGAUAGUAGUGACAAAGACAGAAACGCAGGACAGCAGGAAGGUGGUGAUUUUUCUCUUCUCAUGCUCAAUGUUAUGUGUUUACAUUUUUAAGUAUUAAACAGCUGUUUGAGUCUGUUACUCAUUGUGUAUAGUUACUCUUUGCAUUAAGAAAUAAAAGAAUUCAUACAUUUUGAGAAAAAAAA